UGCCAACAACGACCCCUCCACGUUCACAACGACCCAGCAAUCAAUUUCCACCAACAACGAUCCGUUCCUCCUGGCACUCCUCUCACGAAUAGUUUCCCUGCGUCGUCGAACCAAUUCUCGUCUACAGCACUACGCCCCGCCCUUGAAAGCCUCGCGUUCAAGAUGGUUCAAAUCAGCGAGGUCAAGAACCAGGGUCGCGAUAACCGCACCUCGGCGCACACUCACAUCAAAGGCCUAGGCCUGUCUGUGGCUGGUACGGCCGACAAGCAGUCUGCAGGUUUCGUUGGCCAACAGACUGCGCGAGAGGCAUGCGGUGUCGUCGUCGAUCUCAUCAAGGCCCACAAGAUGGCCGGCAGGGGCGUGUUGCUCGCUGGAGGACCAGGAACGGGAAAGACGGCCCUUGCGCUGGCCAUCAGCCAGGAGCUGGGUACCAAGAUACCGUUCUGCCCGAUCGUCGGCAGCGAGAUCUACUCCUCCGAGGUCAAGAAGACAGAAAUGCUGAUGGAGAACUUUCGGAGGGCCAUCGGGCUCAAGGUCCGUGAGACAAAGGAGGUGUAUGAGGGCGAGGUGACAGAGCUCACGCCCGAGGAGUCGGAGAACCCGCUAGGCGGCUAUGGGAAGACGAUCAGCACCCUACUCAUAGGACUCAAGAGCGCAAAGGGCCAGAAGAAGCUGCGCCUCGACCCAAGCAUCUACGAGGCCAUCCAGAAAGAGCGGGUCGCCGUGGGUGAUGUCAUCUACAUUGAGGCGAACACCGGCGCCUGCAAGCGCGUUGGCCGCUCUGAUGCCUACGCGACCGAGUUUGAUCUCGAGACCGAGGAGUACGUGCCCAUCCCUAAGGGCGAGGUGCACAAGAAGAAGGAGAUCGUGCAGGACGUGACGCUGCAUGAUCUUGACGUGGCCAACGCGAGACCACAGGGCGGCCAGGACAUCAUGUCCAUGAUGGGACAGCUGAUGAAGCCCAAGAUGACCGAGAUCACGGACAAGCUGAGAGGGGAGAUCAACAAGGUGGUCAGCAAGUACAUCGACCAGGGCGUUGCGGAGCUCGUGUCCGGCGUGCUGUUCAUCGACGAGGCGCACAUGCUGGAUGUGGAAUGUUUCACAUAUCUGAACAAAGCUCUGGAGUCACCCAUCGCACCAAUUGUUGUGCUAGCUUCCAAUCGCGGCAGAGCCACCAUCCGUGGUACCGACGAUAUUGUUGCGGCUCACGGGGUCCCUCCCGACUUCCUGGCCCGCCUGCUCAUCAUCCCCACCACCCCCUACGAUGCUGAAGAGAUCCAGCGGAUUGUUCGGAUCCGGGCCAUGACAGAAGGCGUUGCACUUACCGACGCUGCCAUCAGCAAGAUCGCCGAGCACGGUGUACGCAUCAGCUUGCGGUACUGCCUGCAGCUCCUGACCCCGGCAAGCAUCCUUGCGCGCGUGAAUGGACGAAGCCAGAUUGACGUCCAGGAUGUGGCCGAAUGCGAGGACCUGUUCUUAGACGCCCGACGCAGCGCGGCCCUGCUCAGCGGUGAGACAGGGAAAGGCUUCCUGCCCUGAGCGAGCUGAUGUAUCACGUUCACGGACCUCUUCUCCUCUUCUUCGUCUCUUGAUUUUCUCUUCUUUCAUGUUUUCCCCUUCCCAUCUGGGGCCAUAGACUCAUCACAUUUGUCAAAAGGUUUUGGGUGUUCAGCGAUAAGAUGACAAGGGUUGUUUAUUUUCAUUUCUUAAUUUUUUUUACGGAGGGAGGGAAAAGGUUGGGCUGGGAGUGGGAGUCUGUGAGCAUAUACUGCUUGUGGUUGGGCCAGAAGCAGUGGGACAUGGUUGCUCAUUUGCCGCCCAAGACAUCAUCUAUCAAAACCACUUUCUCGCACACAGCGGACGAUGGCGUCCGAGGAAAGAGAAGGGAAGAGAUACAAGUGUAAGAUCACGUGGGUAGAGAAUAUCAAUGGCCUUUAUUCGCC